AUGCCGCCGAAGUAUAGAAUGUCCGACUCCGAGUCUGAAGCAGAGGCCGAAGCCCCUUCUACUCACUCAGAUCACUCGCUAGAGAAAGCCCUCCGCGAACAAGUCGCUUCUAUAUUCAAGUCGGGCAAUAUGGCGGAAUUGACCGUGAAACGCGUGCGACAUGCGGUGGAAAACAAACUAGGUCUCACAGCAGAGUACUUCAAGACCACGGGGGAUUGGAAAAAAAGAAGUGAGGAGAUUAUCAAGGAGGAAUUUGACACACAAGAUGCCGCGGCGCAAAAUCCCGAGCCACCAGCCAAGAAAUUACCCUCGCCUGCACCUCAGAAACAGGCCUUGACCAAACGAUCCAAGUCAGCAAGUGUAUCCCAACCCCGGAAGCGCCAAAAGACAAAGACACCGGUCUCAGAUGAUGAGAAUGAAAGCGCGCCCUCGGUUGCAUCUGAUGGGGAAAGUGACGAAGUGACGACAUCUACGGCGCGAUCAAAACCUGUGAAGAAAGCACCGGGGAAAUCUAAAAAGCCGACCAAGGAAGAUUCAGAAGCUUCUGAUGUUGCUGGGAAUACCUCGGAUGUGCCCGAACCAACUACAACCAAGGAUGACUCCGAAAGCGAGAUGUCAGUGGUGAUGGAUGAAGAGCCAAAACCCAAAGCUGCGCGCAAGCCAAAGAAGAGCGCAGACGGUCCCUCUAAACCGAAGAAGGCCCCAAAGGCCAAACCCAAGGCCAAGGACGAAGAUAUCAGCCCUGACCAGGCUGAGAUCAAACGAUUGCAGGGGUGGCUCAUCAAGUGCGGGAUCCGGAAGCUGUGGGGUAAAGAGCUGGCUCCAUUUGAUACUCCCAAGGCCAAGAUCAAGCAUCUGAGGGGCAUGCUUGAAGAUGCUGGAAUGAAGGGACGGCCAUCUCAAGAAAGGGCGAACCAGAUCCGCGAGGAACGCGAGUUGAAAGCUGAUCUAGAGCUCAUCACAGAGGGUGAGAAGACUUGGGGUGCGAAGAGUGAAGAGGAGGAUGAUGAUAAGCCUCGACGUCGGCUGAAUCGGGGACGCCAGUCGCUUGCCUUUUUAGACAGCGAUGAUGGCGAAGAGACUGAUUGA